CUCAAACUGAAAAGUCCUUGUCGAAGGCUCAACGGACAUGGAAGUUUACGGAGGUUGUGUUUAGCGUCGUUUAUCGAGCAUACGUACGCACAGUUGUAAACUAGAUCCGAUCUGUGGUCUGUGCACAAGAUGCUGGCUGUAAUUUUAACAAUUUUAGCUCUAACGGAGUUUGGAGAGGGGAAAAGAUGUCCCGUCGAAUGCACAUGCUCCAUGGCCAGAAUGGAGGUUACAUGCUUGAAGAUGACGUCCUUCCCAUCCAUGGACAGUUUUCCGGCCAACACAAGUUCACUGGCUAUAUAUCAUUCCUCGUUCUUAAACAUAACUGGAGGCGAGUUGAAUAAAUUGAAGAACCUGUCAUUCAUACGCCUGAGCAACAACGUUAUAACGAAGAUACAAGCUGGGGCCUUUGAUGGCCUCAAAGAUCUCUUUGAAUUAAACCUGGAUCACAACAAACUGGAGACCUUUCCUGUUUUCAAAAACAGGUCACCGUUAAAGAGGCUAUAUCUCAACCACAAUAGCAUCGAAACAUUGUCGCGAGUGUCUCUAAAAAAUCUACCGGAGCUGGAACGGUUAGAAUUAGACGAGUCAAGCAUUACAGAAAUACCUGCUUUUAUGUUCAGUAACAACAAAAAGCUCUGGAAGUUGUCUAUACAGAACUCAUCUUUGGAAAAAAUUGAUGAUAAUGCAUUUACAGGUUCAAACCUCCAGGAACUGUUCUUACAAGGUACAAAAAUCACAUCGCUACCAGCAACGGGACUUGAUCAAUUAAAAAAAUUACACCUGGAGGGGGUUGAAGAUUUCUGGUCCAUUCCAGCUGGUCUGAAGAGUAUCACAGAGGUGUAUCUGAGUCAAUACAACUCUUUUUUGUGCUGCGCCUUCCAUCUGGGUACAUACCAACGAAAUGUGGCUCGACAAAAGGGCGACCAGUGGGGGACCUCCUCAUCUAGGCAUUCCACAUCAGCUGUUUACAAAACCACAGCAACGACAAAUACUGGUGAAUCCUCCACUUUAACGCCUGUUACUUCAGAAUCUUUUAGAACUACAACAUACACGCCAACGCAGAGCUCGAGCCAACACCAUAACUCAUCGACCACUCCUUUUAACCCAUGGGGAAGGAGAAAACGUCGUGGCUGGGGAUGGGGGACAGAUCCCCCCACGGCUAACGAUACAAAUGUUAGUUAUACCCCAGGGGUAACUACAUCUGGUUCUAACGAUGGGGAUUCGUAUACACUCCCUGGUGGUUUUAUCUCCGGAACAGCUCCUCAUCCUUCUACAAUCCCCCAUGAAAAUACACCAGACAGCAGUAUUCCAUUUGUCACAGAACCACCCUUUUUAAACGUGACUUGCUUGCCCGAAAGAGACGCAUACCACCCAUGUGAAGACAUAAUGGGAGCAAAAUGGCUGACUGUGAUGUCCUUGAUGGUGGGAGGCGUGGCUCUGGUGGCAAAUCUUGUCGUCGUUGUUGUCAUGCUAUCGAGUGACCGCCGUUUAAACGUUCACCGUUUUCUAAUGAGCAACUUGGCCUUUGCGGACUUUUGUUUGGGUUUAUACAUCUUUCUUCUCGUAUGCGUUUCGCUGAACACUUCAGGUGAUUAUUACAAUCAUGUCAGGGCCUGGCAGCUCGGCGCUGGUUGUCAGAUCGCAGGUUUUCUUGCCGUGUUCUCCACAGAGCUGUCGGUAUACACCUUAACAGUCAUCACAAUCGAACGAUACUUCGCCAUCGUGUACGCCAUGGAAGUGAAUACUCGACUUUCACUCCGUAAAGCGGUAAAAGUUAUGAUUGCAGGAUGGCUUCUUGCUCUCCUCCUCGCCAUUCUCCCCAUUGUUGGCGUAAAUGACUAUAGUACCGUGGCAAUUUGCUUGCCCUUUGAUUCCCACACGAAAGGAGCCUUGGCCUACGUGAGUAUCAUAUUGGUACUAAAUUUUGGGACUUUCUUGAUCAUCGCAGGAUUGUACGGAAAAAUGUUUCUAGUCGUUGUAGGACCCGGCCCAGUUGAUGGGGCCCCACAGAGGAAUGAUGCAAAAGUUGCGAAGCGGAUGGCUUUACUUGUUUUUACCGACUUUGUCUGUUGGACUCCCAUUGCAUUGCUCGGCCUUUUAGCGGCUUUUGGCUCACCUCUCAUCGGAGUGGAAGAAUCAAAGUUUCUCCUUGUGUUCUUCUUUCCACUCAACAGCUUAUGCAAUCCAUUUUUGUACGCCUUCUUCACCAAAGCGUUCAAGCGAGAGUUCUUUGCACUUCUGAGUCGCUUUGGUUUCUGCCACACGCGCGCUCUGCAUUACAAAGGAACACUAUCGUCGCUUAUCUACUCCCGGUCACGCACUAAGCGCUCCACAAUAGCUGAGGAUGACACAAGAUCGAAGAGAAUCUCACAAGUAUCUGCUACGUCAGGCAAUGAGAUCAAACCAGGGAUUGGUUUCCUUAACGGCAAUUGCAAUGUUUACCAAAACGGCCAUCCCCAGGGUGGCUCAUCGGAGUGUAUUCCCAUGAAAGGUGUCCGCAACCCAGGCUUUGGCGAUGUAUCACCAGAAAACCCUGACAACGAUGAUGUCUUUUUCAACCCAAGGGCUGGAGCAACAAAAACGCCUGAAUUGUCUCCGAAAUCUCCCUCGUGCAGAUUGCACGCCGAGAUGGAAUCCCCUGAUGGGUCAAAUCAAAGCACACCCCAAAUUUCACGAGCUCCAAGUGUCGGCAGUUUUCAUGCAAUUGAGGGGCAGCUUACGGAGAAAAGAACCAAAAAACAGUCUGUAUCCUUCAGGGAUCUCCCGAAAAUAGACACACAAAGCUCAACUGAAACACUGCCACUGCACUCAAGGUCAUCGGUGGUUUUUUAAAAUGAAAUUCAUUGGUUGUUCCUCCUGGACCUGUCCACUCUUAUGUAACCUGCCUGGUGCUGUUCAAGAAAUAGGAGGAGUUGCGCUCAGCUCUGUUGUCGUGCAAUCGAAUGGAUCCCCCUUACGGAAACUCACUUUGGUGAAAUACAGCGAUAAGGUUAGAGAAAAUAUACUUCUUCGUUCUCGUUGAGCUUUUAUUCAAACGGAGUGGGAUAUCUUCCAGGAAUCAUCACAAAAUUAAAUUUGAUGAAGAAGAAAAGUCAAACUGACAGACAUUUUGCCAUCCAAGAUUAUGUUGUAGCAUACUUGAGAAAGUUGACCGAGCUGUUCAGUUCCCAACCAUUUUGAGGAAUACGUGAUCGCAGUUUUAAAUCUCGAGUAAACAUUUGACGAAUUAUUUGUAGAAAAAUAUCAAAGAUAUAUUAAUCGAAGUUAGUCUCUAAUAUAUUGACAACUUUUGUUGGAUUACGGAUGACAGUAGCUUGUUUACAGCAUUAAAGACCUCUCCAGAACUGGCGCCCGAAAUUUAGGUUCACUAUUCAGGAAAAAUAUAUAUACUCAUAAAAAAGAGCUUAGUUGAAAUGGUAUGUACUUGCAAGUGAAAGUUAUAGAAGACAUAUGGAAGCUCCUUUUUCAAGAAGAUCCACCCACGUUAUAUUCAGAUUGUUUCACAAACAAAUGAUGUCGCUAGGCCAUUACUUCCAAUUCAAGUUGUAUUUUCUCGGCUGCACUGAACAUUUUGUUCCAUAAAAGUAUUUAGGGCUACGAUACCAAUGAUGCUUACAUGGUGUUGAUACCCAAUUUUAUUUUUAUCUUUUUAGCAGCCAUUUCUUGAAUAGGAUAGUUUAUAGAACAUAUACAUUAAUAUAAAAACAUCACUUUUUAACUUUUGAAA